AUGAAUGGAUACUUCGUACUAGCCGCCAUGUCGUCGGCAGCUGCUGCACUGCCCUUGACAGGAUCUCCCGAAUGCUCCUGCGUGAACCACAGCCAGGAUGCCUACGGGUUUGGAUGUCGUGCCCAUGAUCUCAACGGGACCGAGUACUUGGAAUGCGCUGGGACAGAUCUGGAGCUGAAGCCAUCUUGGUGCGCUGAUCGGUGGUGCUAUGUGGAUCCCGGAGCUUGCUGGGUCACCAGCGAGCUCAGCACAACAUACCCUGGGCUUGGGUGGUCUUACACCACCUGCGGAUACAGAGAUCGCUACUCUCGCCAGAACGUCACAGCAAGCCUACAGGGCAAAACGUUGCGUGUGGCCUUUCUUGGUAACACGGGCGGCUGGAAAGGGAAUCAUUGUGAAGGUGCAAACGGCCAGCUCUGUGUGAAUCAACGAGGCAGUGGCCCUGUGCAGCGUUUUUUUGAUCUUCUCGCUGGCACCGCUGGCUUCGAGGUUCAGCAUGUAAAAGCGAUGCCGCAGGCUGCAUAUGAGCAGAUGAUGCGGGUGAGGCCGCAGGGCUCACAGUUUGAUCUCUGCACCUGGGCCACUGGCAUGGGCUUUGUGGAUAUUUGUGUAGCCUCCAUCGUGGUGUUGCCUCGCCGAGCUGAUGCUUCAGCUUUUGUUACGCUUUGGGCAGAGCCAACGAUUUUGGUCGGGCCUGUGGUUGAGCAAAAAUCCCAGGAAACCUUGACCCUGUCUUACAUGUUGAGAGCCGCCUUUCGCCCAUUCAGCACCGAGUUGUGGAUGGCCAUGCUUUGUGUGGUCCUCUCCACGUCUUUGAUGAUUACCUUCUUCGAGACCUCGGCCGGUGGGCAGUUCGCAGACAUGCCGCGGAAGCGGGAUCGAUUCGCAGAAGCUGUGUACCGCGCGUUCUACAGCCUCUGCAUGUGCGAGUCGAGGUUCGAGCCAACGACUCUGGGAGGCCGCAUCGUGGGACUUGGCCUGGCCUUUAUCCUGAUCCUUCUUGUGUGUGGCUACACGGCAACAUUGGCAUCGUUCCUGGUCGUAGAGAAGAAGGUCGCACCGGUCAUCGACAGCUUGGAUGAUGCCAUCCGCAGAAACUUCAAGGUGUGCGCGCACAUCAGCCACCAGCAAACCCUGAUAGCUGCUGGGAUGGAGGAGUCCAACAUCAUCGUCAUCGGCAGCAGGUCGGCGGUCCUGAGUAGCAUCGGCUCUGUUUGUGACGCAGCUGCCAUGUCCAGCGAAGACUUCGAGGCAGCCCAAGCUUCGAACAGAGGCGCUUACUGCAACCUGGAGCGUGUUGGCCUUCCACUGGGCUCGAUCAUGGUGGGCAUGCCUGUCGCAGAAAAGUGGGUGAGACAGCUUCGGUAUGUGAUUACACAGCUGAGUAUGGAUGGGCAUUUGCAACAGUCCUUGUCGCAGUACCGGCCGCAAACAUACUGCAGCGUGCUGGAGUCUGAUACAAGUGCUUCGCCGGUGGCUUUGACACUGGAGGGAAUGCUCGGCCCCUUUCUGGUGACCUUUUUUCUCAGUCUCCUAGGUGUGGCUGCUCACGUGCUUCGGCUGGGCUGCAGAAAGACCAUCAAUGCUGCGCACGACCUGGGCAUUGAUGAGAAGGUGAGCGUACGAAUUCGCAAGAUCUCCUCCAAAGUGCCUCGCACAAGUCGCACAAGCCUCGGGAGUUCGGAGCCGAAGCCAGGGCAGCCAGGGCAGCCGGGGCAGCCAGGGUCACGCCCGCGUUUGGUCCGGUCCUCAAGUGGCAAGUCGAGCCUUGACAGCCAAGAGACGGCCAGUCCGAGUGCGGCAAGUCCGUCUCUGUCGCUUCGGGAUGCAGAUCUUGGCAAUGCAGGCGACGCUGUGAGGCAGUAUUUUGAGGGUCGCGACUCCAACAUCAUCACCAGGCUUGAGUCCAUUGAACGGCUCAUGACAUUGAUGGUUGAAGCUGAGGAAGAUGUGUCUGUCGCCUACUGA